AUGCCGUCUCCUCACCAAACAGACGUCCUAAUCUGCGGCAGCGGCUCCGCAGGCCUCAGCGCCGCAACAUGGCUCGCGCGCUACGGAAUACCCUGCAAGAUCCUCGAGCGGCGCUCUGGUCCCAUGACAAUGGGCCAGGCAGAUGGCGUGCAAUGCCGGACGGUCGAGAUCUUCGAGAGCUUCGGGAUGAGCGAGGAGUUGCUGCGCGAAGCGUACCAUGUGCUCGAGGUGGUGUUUUGGGCCGACGAGAGUCCUCCCAGCGGAUCGGGUGCAGAACGUGGUAGUAUUUCGCGGACGGGGAGAGCGGCGGAUGUGCAGCCCGGGCUGUCGCACUGUCCGCAUGUUAUUCUGAACCAGGCGCGGAUCAACGGGCUGUUUAUUGAGGCUAUGCGGAAGUUCAAUGGUCAGCAGAUUGAGUAUGGGUGGGAUGUGGAGGGUGUGGAAUUGGGAGAUGCGGAGGAGGAGUAUCCGGUGAAGGUUACUGCGGAGAAGGAUGGGGAGGUUCAGGUCUUCGAGGCGCGGUACGUUCUGGGCUGCGACGGAGCACAUAGCACCGUCCGAAAAGCACUCGGGUACGCCAUGAUCGGAGACAGCUCGGACGCAGUCUGGGGCGUAAUGGACAUGAUCCCACGCACUGACUUCCCCGACAUCCGCAAGAAAGCCUCCAUCCGCUCCAAAGCAGGCAGUCUGCUCAUUAUCCCGCGCGAAGGCGAGAACCGGAACCUGACGCGGUUCUAUAUUGAGCUGCCGCCUGGUACGAAGCCGAAGGACGUCAAGCUGGGAGACUUGCAGCAGGCUGCCAAGAACAUCCUCGGCCAGUAUGAGAUCGAGUUCACGGAGACGGUUUGGUGGUCUGCGUACGCUAUCGGCCAGCGACACGCGGACUUCUUCCACAAGGAUUUCCGCAUCUUCCUUGGAGGGGAUGCGUGCCACACGCACUCGCCUAAGGCUGGGCAGGGCAUGAAUGUCAGUUUGCAAGAUGGAUACAACAUUGGCUGGAAACUGGCGCAUGUACUGAGAGGCCUGGCGCCGGCGUCACUGUUGGAGACAUAUGUUCUCGAGCGUGAGAAGGUCGCCAUCGACUUGAUUAACUUUGAUCGGUACUUCUCGAAGCUCUUUUCGACGAAGGGAAAUGCGUCGCCCGCUGAGUUCCAGGAGGGAUUCGUGAAGGCGGGAAAGUAUACCGCUGGGUUGACGGCGAAGUAUGAUGAGUCUGCCAUUACGAAUGAUCUGGGAUUAUCGGAUUCCCUAGCGACGAAUGUCGUUGUUGGGAUGAGGCUUCCGAGCUCGCAGGUCGUUCGGUAUUGCGACUCGAAGCCUGUUCAGCUUGCCAGUGCGCUUAAUAGUGAUGGCAGAUGGAGGGUCAUGGUUUUUCCUGGGGAUAUCAGCAUUUCUCGGAAUAGGGCUCGGCUGGAUGCGGUCGGUGCAUAUCUUGCCUCGGACGAGAGCCCGUUACGGACAUUCCGACUGCAAGACGGCGAUUGCGAUAGCCUCAUCGAGCCGAUUCUUGUGGGCUACGGACCGCGUCACGAUAUCGAGCUCGACCAGAUACCCCCGGCUUUUUACCCCGUUACCGGCGAAAACCAGAUCAAAGACCUUCAUAAAAUCUUCUUCGACGACGAGAGCUACAACAAGGUACACGGCCAUCUUUAUGAACAUCUUGAAAUUAAUCCGGAGGUUGGGGCUAUUGUGAUAGUCCGGCCUGAUCAAUAUGUUUCUUCGGUCAUUGCGGUUGAUGACUACAAACGAGUUGGACAGUUCUUCGCGGGGUUCCUUAUUCCACGAGGGUAG